AUGGUUAACGCAACAUCCAAAGACUACGACCCGAUUACGCUCUCGGUCUUCCAGAACCGGUUCAUGUCCAUCGCUGAGGCGAUGGGCCGGUCGCUGCAACAGACUUCGAUCUCGACGAAUAUUAAAGAACGCCUCGACUACUCGUGCGCCGUCUUUGCGCCGACCGGCGACCUCGUCGCCAACGCCCCAUUCAUGCCCGUUCACCUCGGCAGCAUGAGCUGGAGCGUCAAGCACCAGCUCGCUCUCCACGGCCCGACCUUGAAACCAGGAGAUGUGUUACUCACGAACGCGCCACAGAGCGGCGGCUCGCAUCUCCCCGACCUGACGGUAAUCACGCCAUGCUUUGACAAUGGCGAGAUCAUCUUUUUCAGCGCAUCGCGCGCACACCACGCCGACAUCGGAGGCAUCCUUCCCGGAAGCAUGCCGCCCACUUCGACAGCACUGUUUGAGGAGGGCGCGGAGAUUCCCUCCCUCAAGGUCGUGUCGGAGGGCGUGUAUAACCGUGCCGAGGUGUACACGGCGCUCGUGGACGAGCCGGCAAAGUAUCCCGGCUGCUCGGGAUGCCGAAACUUCCGCGACGUCGAAAGCGACCUCAAGGCCCAGAUUGCCGCCAAUCACAAGGGCGUGCAGCUCCUCACAGCUCUUGUUGCCGAGUGGGGCCUUCCCACUGUCCAUGCGUACAUGGGCCACAUCCGCGCCAACGCCGAGUCGGCCGUGCGCGGCAUGCUCCGCCGCGCCGCUGUCGACAUCGGAACCACCUUCUCCGCGAUCGACUACCUCGACGAUGGCUCACCGAUCUGCCUACGUGUCGAGAUCGACCCCACCACCGGCGGAGCCGUGUUCGACUUUGAGGGCACGGGCCCCGAGCUGCGCGGCAACCUCAAUGCGCCUGUGUGUGUCGUGCACGCCGCGGUCAUUUACUGCCUCCGCAGCAUGAUCGGCGAGGACAUCCCCCUCAAUGCUGGCUGCCUGGUUCCGCUGGACAUCCGCAUCCCCAAGGGCUCGCUCCUCUCGCCCUCCCCCACAGCGGCCGUGUGCGGCGGCAACGUCAUGACGUCGCAGCGCGUCACGGACACGGUACUCAAGGCGUUCCGUGCGUGCUCGGCCAGCCAGGGCGACACGAACAACCUCACCUUUGGCGUGGGCGGCAAAGACCCCAUCACGGGCGAGGUCACGCAGGGGUGGGGAUACUACGAGACGAUCUGUGGUGGUUCGGGUGCCGGCCCAGGAUGGCACGGCACGUCGGGCGUUCACACGCACAUGACGAACACGCGUAUCACAGACCCCGAGAUUCUCGAGCGCCGUUAUCCCGUCCUGUUGCGCGAGUUCCACUUCCGCCCCGGAUCGGGAGGGAAGGGAGCUUGGAACGGAGGCGACGGCGUCGUGCGCUCCUACCAGUUCCUCGAGGGGCUGCAGGUGUCGAUUAUGAGUGAGCGCCGCGCACGGGCACCGUACGGUGUCGACGGCGGCGGCGAGGGCGGUAUGGGACGUAACCUCUGGGUGCGGGAGGGUGGCGGCCGCGUCGUCAAUGUUGGGGGUAAGGGUACGAUGCAGUUUGCCGCGGGCGACACGCUCGAGGUCCACACGCCUGGUGCGGGCGGGUGGGGCGUGCCCGGUGACGAGAAGGCGGUAAAGCACAAGGUGGAGAAUGGGCUCAAAGAGGUCGAGAUGCGCGGGAGCGUGGCUGAUCGCUCGCGCGUCGAUUUCUAG